AUGAUGCGCAAACGGACUUCAUACGUGAACAUUACGCCCAUUCCAUCCUUCAUUCCGCGCCAGCUCGCAAUCGACUUUCUACACAGCCAUGGCGAGAUCAUCGAGCUGAAUCCUCUUGUAACGGGCCAUACGCCCAUCAAAGCGCCGCGCGAUGCGCCAGCAGACGAGUUCUAUUCGACCUGGUACGAGAUAUCGCAGCGCAUUCAAUAUAUUCCAGGUAUUGGGAAAAUGGGCAGCGGGGCAAUCAAGUUUCGCGGCGUCUUCCAUGACCUACCAUUUGGCCUGCAGACACAUACAUAUGCGCCGGCCAAUGUUGAUCUUCGCAACAAAUGGGAAAUCAGAGGUAACCAGCCUGGUGAACCCCCGGAGCCAAAAGAGUUGGGAUCAGGAGCGCCACCAGAGGGUCUGUACAUUCGUGAAGAGGUGGAAAUCAAGUGCAAUGUCACCAUGAUCAGCUUCGUGAAGAAAGAAAUGAAGGCAGCUGCAAAGGUCAUGGUGGAGCGACUGGUCAAGAAGGCGGAAUUGCUCGACUCGGGCGCAUUGCAAGGCAUGAUGGAGAAUGGAAAAUUGACGACCAUCAACCCGGCGGAUCGAUCGCAAUAUGGACCAUUGUCACCACGGCUAUCUCCCAGCCAGCAGUACCAAAUGCCCAUGUCGCCAACUAGGUCGCCAUCGUUCGCAAGCAACACUCAGCCAGGGCCGCCACAGGUGCCUCCGAAGCAGCUUAUCGGACAAAACAACGUGGUCAUGGAGUUACCAGGUGACUUCUACCACCCACAAGCUUCUCCGGGAUUCCUUCAUCCCAACGACCACCGCAUGUCAACAGCGACAGAUUCAACGCAAAAUUCACCACAGCCGCAAGAUGCUCGAUGGUCACAAGCAUCACACAGUUCAGCAAGUUCGCGACCAAGUUCGUACGCGCCUUCAGAAGGUAUGCGAUCACCUGGCCUUGAGCAGAAGUCAUACACAUCCGAACUACCGACCAUGGAGGAGACGGGAGAGGAGCAUGAUCACCGCAGGAGACGCGAAAGUGAUCAGCCGCCGCCGAUCCAAAAGUACGCGUACAAUCCACAGGAUUAUGCAAAGAUGCAGUAUGCUUCCGCACCAGCGUAUACACCGUACAAUCCGCAGCAGCAUCCUCAUCUUCAAAGAUAG